GAGGUUCUGGGUGACCGAGACUAGUGAGGAACGUUUCUCAUUCGGCAAACCUCGACAGAUUCUACGCAUCUAAUAGGGUACCGGAAUCUGCCGAGUGGAACGUUUCUGUGUUAACCAAGGGUAAUACCGUAAGCCAAGUCUGCCAGUGCCAGUAAAAUUCGAGUCUCUGUGGAAAGGAUGAGUAGUCAGCCAGAGACAGGUGUCAGGAUGCAUAUAUCUUGAGAAUAAAGAGUAAAAAUACUCUCAUUAUAUUCAAUGGCGACCACCUAACCUAAACGCAUUGUCACGAUCAGCGAUCACGACAUGAAAUACAUCCAGAUUAACUACUAACUAUAGACUAUUUAAUUCCAUUGUCACGUUUCCCAGUAAGUGAAAAAAAAAUAUGUUUUUCUAAAAUGAGUGGAACUAAGCGAAGAGUACUACUUAAUCCUCCUUCGGAAAAUAGGGACAGGGAAACUUCAGACGCUUUAGAUUCUUCUGCCAUGUCGGGGUCGGAGAGUUUAGCCAGUUAUGAUGACUUUGACGGGGAUUCUGUCCGAGGAAGCUCAUCUAAAAGGAAAACCAGAAAUCAGAGUGAGAAAAAAAGACGUGAUCAGUUUAAUUUGUUAAUUAAUGAACUUAGUGCUAUGAUAUCUUCUAAUAAAAAGAAAAAGGUGGAUAAAUCAACAGUGUUAAAACAGACCAUUUCAUUCCUGAAAAAUCAUCAAGAAAUAUCUGCUCAAUCACAAGCUCACGAAAUUACCGAAGAUUGGAAGCCAUCUUUUCUCUCUAAUGAUGAAUUCUCACAGUUGAUGUUGGAAGCUCUGGAUAGCUUUGUGAUGGUGUUUGAUCAACAAGGUAAAAUUUUGUAUGUCUCAGAAAGUGUGACAUCAUUACUUGGUUAUUCAUCACAAGAAUUGUUAAAUCAGUCAUUGUAUAACAUUCUGUUUGAAAGAGAAAGGGUGCAAUUACAUGCAUUAUUGACAUCACAUAAAGUGCAAACUGUGGGUGGUGGAAUUCCUUAUUUUAACAAUCCAAGCAAUCAAGUUACAUUCAGCUGUCACCUGAAGCGUGGAUCCUUAGACCCGACAGCACCAUUUCUAUAUGAGUAUGUUACUUUUACUGGCAGUUCCCAUAAAUUAAGUCCUGAUGUAGAAACAACAAGUGGAGAAGAACCUUCAUUUUAUUCGACACAAGAGAUAAAUACUUUUUGCUGUGUUGUUCAACUUCAAACAGCUCAGAUCUUGCGGGAAGUGCUCAUUACAGAUGACUCGACAAGAGAAUUUACUUCCAGAUUGUCUAUGGAAUGGAAAUUUCUUUAUUUAGAUCAUAGAGCUUCUCCGAUUAUUGGUUAUCUUCCCUUUGAAGUUCUGGGCACAUCAGGCUAUGAAUAUUAUCAUUCAGAUGAUUUAGAAAAAAUAACGGAAUGCCACGAACAGUUGCUAAAAGCAGGGGAAGGCUCAUCAUGUUGUUAUCGUUUUCUCACCAAAGGUCAACAGUGGAUUUGGAUCAGAAGCAGUUACUAUAUCACUUACAAUCAGUGGAAUUCCAAACCAGAAUUUAUUGUUUGUAAUAACAUAGUUGUCAGUUAUGCAGAUGUUAAAUCAGAGUUGUGUUCAGAUUCAGGUUAUAAUGAAGAUAACACAUGGGUAGCAGGUAACCAAGUCGAUGAACAGAUCAACAUUAGUUCUAGUUCACCAACAUGUUCUGUUACUUCAAGUGGACAUCUGGGAACUGUAGAUGUACCAAAUGUGGAACAAUCAACAGCCAUUUCGGGGGAAACUGACUUGGUCCAACAGCCACACUCUACUAACAACAAUGAUUCCUUUCCCCUACAUAAAUUAGUCUCCAAUCAACUGGGUAACUUGUUACAGCAUUACAUGCGCCAACAAGCAGAAUCGGGCAAACAACUGCAAAUACAACGUCAAAUAUUUCAACCUACGCAGCCUCGUUCCUGGCAGGCAUCUGCAUCUAACAAUAUGUCUGCACCAUCAACGAGUUACAGCACUUCAAAUCUAAUGCCCUCAGCUCAGAAAAGAAUAGCUGAUGAAAGUCAGUCAAGUCAGCAUUUCUCAUCAGCUGUUCGGCCCAGUCCUAGAACAGAAACUUUUUUCUCCCCGGCACAGCGUAACCUACAUGAACAGUUAUUAGAGAAAUCUGAUAUGUUACAACUCGCCAUACAGCGGCAACAGGAUGAGUUACAGGCCAUAACUCAACAACUUGCAUUAUCAAAGGGUCAACAAUUCCAAAGUCAAACAGCUCUGCAGGGUCAACAAUCCCAAAAUCUUGCUGUCCAACCAACAGGAUCCAAUACAGUGGCUGGUAUGUUGCCAGGACAACAAGAUGCUAUGUUGUCAGGUCAGCAAGAUGUUAUGUUGUCAGGUCAACAGACAGGAGAUGUAAUGUUGUCAGGUCAACAGCAGGGUGAUGUAAUGCUGUCAGGUCAACAGAAGGGAGAUGCAAUGUUGUCACGGCAACAAGAAGCUAAUUCUCUGAUGUCUGAUAAUACCGAUGUUGACCAGUUCUUGAUUUACCCAAUGGAUACUCAAGAUUAAAACUUAAAUGUGACUUUAUAAUCAAACAAGGAUUAUAAACUCGUAAUUGUUCAUUCAUUGUGUUAAGGAAGACAUGGAUUGAAGUUCUGAAUUUUUAAAUUGCAUAUUGUUGAAAUAUCACAGUGUUUAAAUGUUCUAUACUGAAAUUCCCAUACUGUACAUGUAGUACUUGUAAAUUUGGCAUGGUUUCAAUUACUGACAAAAUGGCACACAUUACUGAACUAGUACCUAACAUUUUGAACUUUCUGUUUUGGCUAAAAUGACAGACACCCCGAGAGAUUAUGCCUGACAAAGUCUGAAUUCGUGCUUGACAUGUGACAGGUGCCAUAUUUCUAGACUUGUGGAUUGUCUUACAUACUGCUAGACUUAUGUGGAAAUGGAAUGGAUUUUGGCAGGGUUUCUUUUUGUUUUAUUUAAAUGUGUAAAAAAAGUUAUUAACGUUAAAAAAAGCUAUAAAUACGCACACAAAACUAAAUAAGCUAUGAUAAAUACAGUCUAAAAUGUGCGGCUCUUUCAAUAGCCUGUUUGAUGAAUAUUCACAAGCAGAGAAUAGUCAAUGAUAAAACCAUACAUGUACAUGUACAUUGUAUUUGUCCGAAGCGGUUUUAUAUCCACACAGAUUCUGUCACACUCACGGGGACACCUUAUUGUUAGAAAACAGGUUUAUUAUUUACCUUUACAAGUUGUACAUAUGUCCAUGUAGGUGGUAUUGUUUUGCACUAAACUUUCAACAUACCAGUCAUAGGAAAGGUGCACUAUGUGGUACAUCUACAUGUACGUCUUUGUCUUAUGAAAGGUGAAUAAUUAAGCUUUCAAUUUGAUGUAUAAUAAUAAGGUGAUUACAGGGGAAUCAUUGUUUUCAAAAAAUCUUUGAGCCUCCAAAGAUUAAAAAAAUUGAUAAAAAGAGUGCAGUUUUGUUCCUACUCUCCCCUGUCACCUGCAAGGGAAUGUCUCAAACACUUCAGACUAUGAUAAAGAAUGUGUUUUCUUGUGUUUUAUUAUAGGUUUAAAAUAACAUCUGUAUUUUUUCACAAUCAUAUUACAAUUCAAAAAAGAGUUGAAAUAUAAUUUAACUUUUAUCUUUUAUUUCCAUCAAUCUUUAUUAUAAAAAUAACCAUAGAAUAUAAGUAAUGAGUUUAACAGUUUAGUCCUAAAUAUAUACAUGUACAUGUAACAAUUGACUGGAAAACAUAUUACAACUUCCAAGAAGAAUAUAUAUUUAGUUGCAAAAAGAUACUUUUUGACAUAAGGAAUCCUUAUGUACAAUUCGUGAAGAGAUUCCCAGGCAACAGCCCAGAUAGUGGUUGACAUUGUAAAUUAAAGGGCAUAUACUAUAGCUGUACUUUUUUUAACAUUAAAAUAGGCGAAAAUGGGUCAAAAGGCACAUAUAAAUGUAUGGUAAUAAAAUAUAUACUGAUAUACAAUUACAUUCAAUUUUUAUACGCCUAUAUUUUCAUGUGGGCGUAUAUUGUCGUCGCCCCUGUCCGUCCACAAUUUGUUUGUGGAUAUUCUACAGGUCACAAUUUUUAUUCUUGUUCUUUAAAUGGCAUUUAGUAACUGGAGAGAGUAACAACAAAACACAUACUUAUGGAAAACAGCUACUAGUGUAUUUAAGGCGACGUUUCGUAGAGUAUUCUUUCAACGUUAUCAAGCUAUUUUGACGAAACAUAAAAUAUAGGUCUAUCUCCCAGACUCCCAAAGAUCUUGUUUCCUUUCGAUAUUGGCAUAUAUCGGACCAUAACUUCCUGGAUUAUGACCCCUGAUUGUGGACACCCUAGAGGUCACAAUUUUUAUCUGAUUUUAGUGAAACUUGAAAUGCAUGUUUAUAACCCAAAGAUCUUGGUUCCUUUCGAUAUUUACGCAUAUCGGAUCAUAACUUUCUGAAUUAUUGCCCCUGAUUGUACGAAAAAUAUUGUUUUUAUCUUGUGGUCCCUCUAUUUACGCAUAUUGGAUCGUAACUUCCUGAAUUAUUGCCCCUGAUUGUAUGAAAAAUCGCGUUUUUAGCUUGUGCUCUAUCCAUCUCUUGCAAAAUGUGGGCGUAUCCUGCCUGGCACUGCAGCCAUUGGUUUGAAUUCUUAUUAUAAUGUAAUUUCUAAUCAGUUGAGUUACAUAUAUAUUUGGAGGAAUAUUAUGUGAGCACUCCAUAUUGAAUGUUAGUGGUUGUAUCUGGUUAGUUAAAAUAUAUAUAGUUUAUUUCUUUUUGUUAACUUGUGGGAUGCAUGUUGUGUUGACAUUUGUUCAUCAUAUUUACGCAACAAAAUAGCGUUAGAAACCCUCCGUCCGUUGUCCACAAUUUCUUUUAUGAUCCGAUUGUUUUAAAAUUGGUAUAUGUUGUUGACAUUAGUGAGAUGAAGAAGCCUAUUUAAUUUCAAUAAUUUCUGUUUAUUACGUCUUAGAGUUACGGCCCUUGUUUCACAUUGUUGCUUCAACGCCAAAAGUUAUCAUCCAAUCUGUGUGAAAUGUAUAUGCAUUAUUUAAAUUAGUGAAACAAAGAAGCCUAUUGAAUUUCAGCAAUUUCCGUUUAUUAUGUCUAGAGUUAUAGCCCUUGUUCCACUUUAUUAAACCUUGUGAACGCUCUUACGCCAAAAGUUAUCAUUCGAUCUUUGUGAAAUUUAUAUUCAUUAUUUAAAUUAGAGAAACAAAGAAGCCUAUUGAAUUUCAGCAAUUUCCGUUUAUUACGUCUAGUGUUAUGGCCCUUGUUUCACUUUAUUGAAACUUGUGAACGCUCUAACGCCAAAAGUUCUCAUUCGAACUUUGUGAAAUUUAUCUUCAUCAUUUGAAUUAGUGAAGCGAAGAAGCCUAUUGAAUUUCAGCAAUUUCCCUUAAUUACUUCUGAAGUUAUGUAUGGCCCUUGUUUCACUUUGUUGCACCUUGUGAAGGCUCUAACAUUAAGUUAUCUGCUGAUCUGUAUGAAAUUUAUAUGUGUCAUUUAAAUUUAUAGUAAAAAGAAGAAUCAAAUUGAAUUUCAGCAAUUUCUUUUUAUUACUUCUAGAAUUAUGGCCCUUGUUUCACUUUGUUGCUCCUUGUGAAUGCUCUAACAUCUAAAGUUAUCUGCUGAUCUGUAUGAAAUUUAUAUGUGUCAUUUAAAUUAGUAAAAAGAAGAAUCCUAUUGAAUUUCAGCAAUUUCCGUUUAUUAUGUCUAGAGUUAUGGCCCUUGUUUCACUUUAUUGAACCUUGUAAAAGCUCUAACGCCAAACGUUAACAUUAUAUCUGAUCUAUAUGAAAUUUAUAUGCAUCAUUAAGAUUAGUGAAACCACAAAGCUUAUUGAAUUUUAGCCAUUUACAAUAAUUACUUCUAGAGUUAUGGCCCUUGUUUCACUUUGUUCAACCUUGUUAAUGCUCGAUUGAUGAAAGUUAUCAUCCGAUAUGUAAGAAAUUUAUAUGCAUCAUUUAAAAUUGUGAAACAGAGGUCUAUUGAAUUUCAGCAAUUUUUGUCAAUUAUUUCUAGAGUUAUGGUCCUUGUUUUACUUUGUGAACCUUGGGAACGUUUGAAUGACAAAAGUUAUCAUCCGAUCUAUGAAAUUGCAUUAUUUAAAUUAGUUAAAUGAAAAAGCCUGUCAAAUUUCAAAAUUUCCUGUAAAUUACUUCCAGAGUUAAGGCCUUUUUUAUACGCCCACAUUUUCAUGUAGACGUAUAUUGUCGUCGCCGUUGUCCGUCCGUCCACAAUUGUUUGUGGACAGUCUACAGGUCACAAUUUUUAUCCGAUUUCAACGAAACUUGAAAUAUAGGGUUAUCUCCCUAAGAUCUCGAUUCCUUUCGAUAUUGGCAUGUAUCGGACCGUAACUUCAUGGAUUAUGGCCCCUGAUUGUACGAAAAAUCACGUUUUUAGCUUGUGGACCUUAUAGAGGUCACAAUUUUUAUCCAAUUUUGUUGAAAAUUGAAAUGUUAGUUUAUAACCCAUCUCGGUUCCUUUCGAUAUUCGCGCAUGUCUGAUCGUAACUUCCUGAAUUAUGGCCUCUGAUUGUACGAAAAAUCGCAUUUUUAGCUUGUGGACCCUAUAGAGGUCAUAAUUUUUAUCCGAUUUAAAAAAACGUUUGAAUAUAUCACCGUUAAACCCUAUGGAUGGUUGAGUUUGUAUUUCGUAAAAAUAGGACCAAAACUGACAGACAAAAUGGCCGCCCCUCGUACUCAAAUAGCGUAAAAAUAUGAUUUAUCAAGGUUGUGGACUCUACAGAGGUCACAAUUUUUUUCUGAUUUUGAUGAAACUUUAAAUGUAAGUUUAUAACCCAAAGAUCUCGGUUCCUUUCAAUAUUCGCGCAUAUCGAACUUUAACUUCCUGAAUUAUGGCCCCUGAAUUAUGGAGGUCACAAUUAUUAUCUGAAUUGAAAAACCGUGUGAAUAUAUAACUGGUACACCGUAAUGAUGGUUGAGUUCGAAAUUCGUGAAAAUCGGACUAAAACUGACAGACAAAAUGGCCGCCCCUCGUAUAACGCAAAUGGUGUAUUAUGUGGUAUAUCAAGGUUGUAGACCCUCUAGAGGCCACAAUUUUUUUCGGAUUUUAAUGCAACCUUAAAUUUUUGUUUAUAUCACAAAGGUAUUGGUUCCUUUCGAUAUUCGCACAUAUCGGAUCGUAACUUCCUGAAUUAUGGCCCUUGAUUGUAUGAAAAAUUGCUUUUUAUACUUGUGGUCCCUCUAGAGUUAACAAUUUUUAUCCAAUUUAAAAGAACGUUUGAUUAUAUCACUGUUACACCCUAAUGAUGGUUGAAUUCGAAUUUCUUUAAAAAUGGACCAAAACUGCCAGACAAAAUGGCCGCCCCUCGUACGCUAAUAGUGUAAAAAUAUGGUAUAUCAGGGUUGUGGACUCUCUAGAGGUCACAAUUUUCACCCAAUUUUAAUGAAACUUGAAAUGCAUAUCCAAAGAUUUUGGUUCCUUUCGAUAUUCGCGCAUAUCAAAUCGUAACUUACAGAAUUAUGGCCCCUGAUCGUAGGAAAAAUCGUGUUUUUAGCUUGUGGUCCCUCUAGAGGUCACAAUUAUUAUCUGAUUUAAAAAAACAUUCUUAUAUAUCACCGUUACACCGUAUUGUUGGUUGAGUUCAAAUUUCUUGAAAAUCGGACCAAAACUGCCAGACAAAAUGCCCACCCCCAUACACAAAUAGUGUAAACAUCUGGUAUAUCUAGGUUGUGGAUCCUCUAGAGCUCCCAAUUUUGAUUUGAUUUUGAUGAAACUUGAAAUGCAUGUUUAUAACCCAAAGAUCUUGGUUGCUGUCAAUAUAUGCGCAUAUCAGAUCGUAACUUCCUGAAUUAUGGCCCUUGAUUGUACGAAAAAUCCUGUUUUUAGCUUGUGGUCCCUCUAGAGGUCACAAUUAUUAUCUGAUUUACACAAACGUUCAAAUAUAUCACUGUUACACCGUAAUGUUGGUUAAGUUCGAAUUUCGUGAAAAUCAGACAAAAAUGGUGUAAACACUAGGUGUAUCAAGGUUGUGGACCCUCUAGAGGUCACAAUUUUGAUCCGAUUUUGAUGAAACUUGAAAUGCAUGUUUAUAACCCAAAGAUCUUGGUUGCUUUCGAUAUCUGAUUGUACCUUCCUGAAUUAUGGCCCCUGAUUGUACCAAAAAUCGCUUUUUGUUUAGCUUGUUCUCUAUCCAUCUCUUGCAAAAUUUGGACGUAUCCUGCCUGGCAGCCGCUGGUUAUCUGAUUUUAAUGAAACUUGAAAUGCAGGUUUAUAACCCUAAGUUCUUGGUUCCUUUUGAUAUUCCCGCAUAUGGGACCGUAACUUCCUGAAUUAUGGCCCCUGAUUGUACAAAAAAUCAUGUUUUUUUUAGCUUGUGGACCCUAUGGAGGUCACAAUUUUAUUUCGAUUUAAAAAAACAUUGGAAUAUAUCACCUAUUUUGGGGCAUGUCCCAACCCCUAAGGGUGGUGUCACACCCACUUUUUUGUUAAUAUUUAGUCUGUAAAUUUGGCAAAACAAACCAAACGCCUAGCCUUCCUUCAAGUUCCUUGCCUCUUGUUAUAUACUCUUCAAAAAAAGUAGGGGAUAUUCAGAAACAAUACAAAACUGCGGAAAUGCACUGCUGUUUUUAUUAGAGGUAACCAGUGUAUGUUAAUAACAGGCCAAUUGCCUACACACGAACAUAAAUAGUUCAUAAGGGCGACUGAUCUGACGGCCCCAUUUCACUCGCAAUUUGUCGUGGCAUGCUCCUAAUCAACCGUCCAGUCACGAUUUGGGGCAAUCUGACCCACUCCUCUUGUAGUGUUGUCGGUUGUCGGUUGACAUCGACAAACACGUCUCCCGAUCAAAUUAAACGUAACACACCAUAGCAAAGAUACGCCAAACAGUAAAUCUUAUGCAAACCGAUGGGAAAGCAAACAUGGAUAAAUAAACCAGCACGCGGCAGUUUUCAUCAACCCCUCCCACGUGUAUGGCGCUAUUGCGUGUCGCAUGCGCAGCUCAGUGGUUCUGUUGGGGCGAUAAGUUCUUCAUCUGUAAACAUACUCUCAAAGCAUGUCAAGUGUCCAUGACUAGUUAUCAUAUCACAACCGGUAUAGGUAUUUGCAUUUCAAUAUCCCCUUUUUUUUGAAGAGUAUAUCAUAGUCAUUGCAGCCAUUUCAUAUUUCAUACUCUUUAUUUUAAAAAGUACGGUAUGAAUUAAAGCAGGAAUGUGGAUGUAUAUUGCAGCGAUAGCGAUGCUGUUGUUUUCACUAUUAUAGGGAGAACUGUCAGCUCAACCAAGGCAUGUAUAUAUAGUUUUUCAUUUACAUAUAUUUAUAUAAAAUAUUGUUUACUUAUUGUAGAACUUAUAUGAAAUAUCACUCCAUGCUUUUACAUAUGGAAAAUCUUGUUUGUAUAGGGGUUCCGGAGCUCUAGUGCAUCUUACAUAUAAUGUAUCUUUAAGUUUUAAAGGCCCCUAUAGUCUCAACCAAUUAAGGCAUGUAGAUAUUAAAAUGUGUCUGUCCUUCUGUCUGUAACAUUCUCCUUCUAAUUGAGCUAGAAUGUUCAAACUUGGUGUAGGUGUUUAUUAGAUCAAUGCCUUGAGGAAGUUCGAAACUGAGCAUUUUCUGCUUGGGGUAAGUAAACAGAGAUAAACAAUUUGAUUGGUUGAUGCUUUGGGACUCCAUUACUUUAGUUCUAAUUAAGUUAGAGUGAUGAAAUUUGGUGUAUAGUUUCAUUACGUCAAUACUUGUUGUAGGCGUUCAUUAGGUGAAUGCCUUGAUGGAGUUCGAUGAUAAACAUUGCCUGCUUACAGUAAGCAGAGAUAAGCAAUCUGAUUGGUUGAUGCAUUGGGGCAUGAUAUCUUUGGUUAUAAUUAAGUGAGAGUGAUGAAACUCCAGAUAUAGAUUCAUUAUAUCAUUACCUUGACUAAGUUCGAUGAUGAGAAUUUUUUCUGCUUAGGCUAAGGAGCGAUAAGCAAUUCGAUUGGUCAAGACUUUGGAACAUAACAACUCUGCUUUUAAUUGAGGUAGAAUGUUUAAACUUGAUGUAGAUGUUCAUUAGGUGAAUGUCUUGACUGAGUUCAAUGAUUAACAUUCCGAGCUAAAGCUAAGCAGAGCUAAGCAAUUUCAUUGGUUAAUGCUUAAUAUGUUUCAUCUAUUUAUUUUGGGAUUUCGGCCGUGGACAUCAGUCUCACGGUUGGCUUGUUGUAACAAUUAUAUGAUAUAUCACAUAAUGCUUGUACAUUUGGAAAAUCUUGUUUGUAUAGGGGUUUCUCACUUUAGUGCUGAUGGGGCCAAUAUGUUAGUCAAACAAUUUAUAUUAAUGGGCAAAUUUAAUUAAUAAUAAAGAGAUUAUUUUUAGGGA